GCACGCUGAUAUCCCGGCAUCCUGAGCGCUGCUUUCCCGCCAGGAGGACGCCGAGGCGGUUUUCUGCUUCCUUUCGUCGUCCUUCUCAGGCUUGUUUUGCCACAGCUGCUGCCUGUUUUUAACCUCUUUCAUCCCACCAUGCAGCGUGAACCUCCGAAGAAGAAGCAAGAGAAGAAGUCGGAAAAGCGGCUCUUUGACCCCGCAUCCUUUGGGAAGGACCUGCUGGCAGGCGGGGUCGCAGCGGCUGUGUCCAAGACCGCGGUGGCCCCCAUCGAGCGGGUGAAGCUGCUGCUGCAGGUGCAGGCGUCUUCCAAGCAGAUCAGUGCCGAGGCGCAGUACAAAGGCAUGGUGGACUGCCUGGUGCGGAUUCCCCGAGAGCAAGGUUUCUUCAGUUUUUGGCGUGGCAAUUUGGCCAAUGUAAUCCGAUAUUUUCCAACACAAGCUCUUAAUUUUGCGUUUAAGGACAAAUACAAACAACUUUUCAUGUCUGGAGUUAAUAAAGAAAAGCAGUUCUGGAGGUGGUUUUUGGCAAACCUGGCUUCUGGUGGAGCUGCUGGAGCAACAUCCUUAUGUGUAGUUUAUCCGCUAGACUUUGCCCGAACCCGAUUAGGUGCUGAUAUUGGAAAAGGUCCUGAAGAGCGACAAUUCAAGGGUUUAGGUGACUGUAUUAUAAAAAUAGCAAAAUCAGACGGAAUUGUUGGUUUGUACCAAGGGUUUGGUGUUUCAGUUCAGGGUAUCAUUGUGUACCGAGCCUCCUAUUUCGGAGCAUAUGACACAGUUAAGGGCUUAUUACCAAAACCAAAGGAAACCCCAUUUCUUGUCUCCUUUUUCAUUGCUCAAGUUGUGACCACAUGUUCUGGAAUUCUUUCUUAUCCCUUUGACACAGUUAGAAGACGCAUGAUGAUGCAGAGUGGUGAGGUGGAACGGCAAUAUAAAGGAACUUUAGACUGCUUUGUGAAGAUAUACCAACAUGAGGGAAUCAGUGCAUUUUUUCGUGGUGCCUUCUCCAAUAUCCUUCGUGGUACAGGGGGUGCUUUGGUGUUGGUACUAUAUGAUAAAAUUAAAGAAUUCCUUAAUAUUGAUAUUGGAGGUAGUUCAUCAGGAGAUUAAGAAACACAUGUAUUUAACUUGUUAAACAUACAAAUUAUAUAGCUGCCAUUUGUGUACGAUUUGAUAGAGUGUUAUUACUGUCAGUAUUUUUUAGAAUAAUUCUACAAUAAAGCAUAUGCUUUUUCAGGGAUUUUAGAUACUAAAAAUCAGAUAAAUGUGGGUUUCCUUCCUACUUAGACUCAAACCUUAAGGAGACAUUUGACUUUAAGUAGUAUGUUAUUUCUAUUAGUUUAAAAUCCUUUUCUUUUG